AUGGGCAAGAACUACAGGAACUGUAAGCUUUAUCUUAGAUGGAAAGACUGCUAAAUCUCCUAACUCCCCCCCCCCCCUCCGUGAGCGAACAAAAAAAUUUUGUUCGCUCACGGAGGGGGGUUAAUUUUUUUUUUUAAAAAAAAAAUUAUAUAUAAAUUUUAUAAAAAAUAUUUUUUUUCGAAUUUAAAAAAAUCCUAAUUUGCAAAAAUUGGGAAGCAAAUAUUAAUUUAAUUUGCAAAAUUUAUGUUUUAAAACGCAAUUUGUUUAAAAUUAAACAGAAUUAGCUCUAGAUUUCAUUAUACUAAUUAUCACUUAUAUAUCAAAAUUUUUUUCCAUUAAAAUUUUUUCUAUUAAAAAAAUUUUUGUUCACUCACGGAGGGUGGGUUUUUGGUCAAAAAAUGGCGAUUUUUCUAAUGGUUUUGUUCGCUCACGGAGGGGGGGGGGGGGAGUAAGCGUCCAUUUGAGAAGGAACGUCUUGAUCAAGAACUUAUGCUUCUUGGGCAAUACGGUCUGAGAAACAAACGUGAGGUUUGGAGAGUCCAACUUACCCUUGCCAAGAUCCGUAAAGCAGCAAGAGAACUUUUAACUUUAGAAGAGACUGCUCCUAGAAGAAUUUUCGAAGGUAACGCCCUUAUUCGCAGAAUGGUGCGCUUAGGGCUCUUAAAUGAAAAUGAAAAGAAGCUUGAUUUUGUCCUUGGAUUGACCUUACAAAAAUUCUUACUCUCCACUAUUGGAAGUGAUUAAGGAAUUUUUAACUCUUAAUUUAUUUUUAAAAAAUUAUAUUAAAAUUUAAUUAAUAUUUAAAAAUAAAAUACAGUUUUAGCUAGACGAUAAACAUCAGAGGUGUUUAUCUUCUAUCUAAAAUUUUAUAUUUAAUAAAAAAGUUAAUAAAAAUUAACCAUCUAAUUAUAAAAUUAUUAAUUAUAUAUAAUAUACCAAAAAUAAUAUAAGAAAAAUAAAGAUGAGUUAGAGAGAAGACUCCAAACUAAGGUAUUCAAGAAGAACAUGGCAAGAAGCAUUCACCACGCAAGAGUUCUCAUCAGACAAAGACACAUAAGAGUUGGUAGACAAAUUGUCAACGUACCUAGCUUUAAUGUUAGAGUUGAUAGUGAAAAAUAUAUUGAAUUUGAUCCUAACUCAUCACUUAGCAAUGGAAAAGCUGGCAGAGUUAAGAGGAGAAACAUCGCUAAGAAGGCAAAGAAGACUGAAGCUGAAGGAGAAGAUGAAGAUUAA